GAUAAGGGAGGGGGAAGAAAGAGGGAGAAGCUCGGGAAUUGGAAGCGAUAAAACGGGAAGAGAAGGAAAGGAGGCUAGAUGGGCUAGCUAAUCAAUCCAAUGACACAAAGGUAUCCCUCAAUUCAUUCUUGAAGGCAUUCCGAGAACGACAGGAAGGUCAACCUUAACCUCCGAACAUUUGAAAUCAACAGUCAAUUAAUUGGUCAGCACUACUCCCCAUUCCUGACAAAUACAUCUAUCUGCCCAUCCACUCGUCGACUAUCACACGUAUAUAGGCUAUCCGAGAGCUGCUUAUUAGAAGCUGGUGAAUACUAGAAGACAAAGGUAAACAUCAAAGCCCGGAGAAUCACAGUAGACAACACAAGAAGCUUCAUAGAAGAAAUGGACUCUCUACCCUCUCAACUCUCGUCUCUCAAAUUAGCACCCGGGGUCCAAAGAUACUCUCUCGGAAAUUGGAAGCUUCAAUCUGGCCAAGAAAUUCCUGAUGCUCAUAUUGCAUUCAAGACAUUUGGAGACCCAAGUUCCCCUGCUAUCAUCUACCCUUCUUGGUUUUCUGGAGCAAUCGCGGACAACGAAUGGCUCAUUGGAGAAGACCAAGUAUUGAACCCCCAAAAAUACUUCAUAAUCAUUACCGCCCUUUUCGGCAAUGGCGAAUCAACCUCUCCAUCCAAUUCCUCCAUCUCUCCUUUCCCAAAAGUAACUUUUUAUGACAACGUCCGCGCUCAACACACCCUCGUGACUGCCCAUCUCCAAAUCACCCAUGCUCGCGCUGUGAUCGGUUGGUCUAUGGGCGCAGGUCAAACCUAUCAAUGGGCUACCAUGUACCCCUCAUUCAUGGAUAUCUGUGUUCCCUUUUGCGGGUCUGCAAAAACAGCUCUUCACAAUCAGGUCUUUUUAGAAGGUGUUAAAUCUGCACUGUUAGCUGCUAAGAGUCUUUCGAGCGCAGGAUCCAAGGGAGGUGUGGCUGUGAAAGGAGAGGGAGGAGAAGAAGUGAGGGUUUGGAGUAAGGAGGAAAGGGAGGUGGGAUUGAAGGCUUUCGGGAGGGGUUAUGCUGGAUGGGGAUUCAGUCAGGCUUUUUACAGGGCGGAACUCUUCAAGACCGUUCUGGGGUUCAAAGAUCUAGAAGAUUUCAUGAAGAAUUUCUGGGAGAAAUGGGCCCUUUCGAAAGAUCCAGAAAACCUCCUAACAAUGCUCCACACCUGGGCCUCUGGCGACGUCUCCAACCAAUCUCCCUACAAUGGGGAUUUUGCCGCUGCAAUGAGAGCCAUCAAAGCCCAGAUGCUUGUUUUACCCGGAAAAACAGAUCUGUAUUUCCCACCCGAAGACUCCGAAAUAGAAGUCUCCCUCAUGCGACCCGGCAUCGGCAAACUCGAUGUUUUCCCUAGCAUAUGGGGACAUUGGGCUGGAGGGCCGGGUGAUUCAAAGGAAGAUGUUAAGUGGCUUAAUGAAAGAUUGAUCGAGAUUGGUUUGUGAAUUUUGAGUUCCUUUGGAAGACUAGAUGGAAAGGGUGGAUUGAUUGAUUUAUGAGGGUUCAGGGGGGUUGAAUGUUUAGCGGAGCGAAGCGGUCUAACUGGGCAUUUCAAUGGAUUUUCACACCGCAUCUAAUUUUGAACGGAUGCGACGAGAGAUGAUGAGAUUUUAUCA